CAGAGCCAGGAAACCCAAGCCGGGACCCAGGGCCCGGGAUCCCCAUCCCCCUGUACCCCCAAGACCUUUGGGGCUCUCCCCGGCCUAACCCCAGCUCGGGCCUGGGGCCUCACUGUGGCCGGGACUCUCCCCACAGCCUCAGCACAGCAUGGAGAUGGAAGAUGCUGCUCGAGGGGCCCCUGGCCCAACCCGGCCAGCUCCGGUCAGCAUCAUUGGUGCUGAAGAUGAGGACUUUGAGAAUGAGCUGGAGACGCACCCAGAGGAGCGGAGCAGUGAGUUCCAGAGCCUGGAGCAGGUGAAGCGCCGCCCGGCCCACCUCAUGGCUCUCCUGCACCAUGUGGCUCUGCAGUUUGAGCCAGGACCUCUGCUCUGCUGUCUCCAUGCUGAUAUGCUGACCACGCUGGGCCCCAAGGAGGCCAAGAAAGGCUUUCUAGAUUUCUACCACAACUUCCUAGAGAAGACGGCGGUCCUGCGUGUGCCUGUGCCCCAGUCAGUGUCCUUUGAGCUCGAUCGCACGCGCCCAGAAUUGCUCCCGGAGGAGACCCAACGGCGAUUCCUGCAGGAGGUGGUCCAGGCCCAGCAGAAUGCCAUCUCCCGUCAGCUUGAGGACUUCCGGUCCAAGCGGCUCAUGGGGAUGACCCCCGGAGAGCCAGACUUGUCCCAGCUGGAAACCUGGGCUGCCCGGGACCGGGUCAGCUUUGAGGGCCGGGAACGCCUUGUGGCCGAGAGGAUCCUAAACCGCCUGGAGGACAUUCACCCAACCAUCUCUGCGGAUGAGGAGAAGAGUGUGGCAAUAGUGAACGCCAUCAGCGCCUACAUGCGGUACCUCGGUGUUCGGACCAAGAGCAGCGACAAGAAGGCCCGAGGAAACUUCUUCCGGAAAAAGAUGCCUGGAAAUCGCCGCACAGAUGACACCCCCAAGAGCAAGAGUGUGCUCAUCAGCAUCCUGGAUGCAGCCCGCUGGAACCGUGGAGAUGCGCAGGCCCCUGACUUCCGACACCCUAAAGCUGAGACUGACGGCGAGAAGCUGGGGCCUCCUGAGAGGAAAAUCAGCCAGGUGACUCCCCCAAAGGGGAUCAUUGGACCCCCUGGGCCAGAUGCCCCUGGUGUCACUGUGCAUCCCCCUCCAGGUGAAAGCCUUGACAAGGAGUCAGGUACUGAUCUACCCUCAGAAGUGGGGGACCCACCCCCCCAAGGCCCAUCAAGCUCAGAGUCCCCCAUCCUCCCAGAGAGCAAUGCAGAGGAUGGGGCUGACACGGAAAGAAAGUGGAAGAGACUGUCUGGGAGAUUGGGGCGCUCCGAGAGCCUUCGGGUGACCGACCGGCGCAGGCCAUCCCGGGGCAGCCUUGGGGCCAAGGGCCGAGCAGGGGGCCGCUCCAGAAGCGACGUGGACACAGACCCUGGCUCUGCCACGGCGGCCCUUGGCUCCGCCCGACGUGCCACCCCUGAGCCAGGGGAGGAGGGGGAGCCGGGCCGAGCAGGGCUUGAGCUGGAGCCCGAGGAGCCGCCCGGCUGGCGUGAGCUGGUCCCCCUUGACACCUUGAGUGGGAUGCACAAGAACCAGGUGAAGCGCCAAGAGGUGAUCAGUGAGUUGCUGGUGACCGAAGCCGCCCAUGUGCGAAUGCUUCGGGUGUUGCAUGACCUCUUCUACCAGCCCAUGGCUGAUGGGGGCUUCUUCACCAUGGAUGAACUGCAGAACAUCUUUCCCAGCCUGGAUGAGCUGAUCGAUGUGCACUCUCUGUUCCUGGAGAGCCUGAUGAAGCUGCGUCAGGAAAGCGGCUACCUCAUCGAGGAGAUUGGGGAUGUGCUGCUAGCCAGGUUUGACGGCCCAGAGGGCUCCUGGUUCCAGAAGAUCUCUUCUCGGUUCUGUAGCCGUCAGUCCUUUGCGCUGGAGCAGCUCAAGGCCAAGCAGAGAAAGGAGCCGAGAUUCUGCACUUUUGUGCAGGAAGCAGAGAGCAGGCCCCGCUGCCGGCGGCUACAGCUCAAGGAUAUGAUCCCCACGGAGAUGCAGCGACUCACAAAAUACCCUUUGCUUCUGCAGAGCAUCUGGCAGAACACAGAGGAGCCAAAGGAGAAGGCAAAGGUGGAGCAGGCUGCAGAGUGCUGUAAGGAGAUUCUGCAUCAUGUGAACCAGUCUGUGAGAGACAUGGAGGACCUGCUGCGGCUCAAGGACUACCAGCGCCGUCUGGACCUGUCUCACCUGCGGCAGAGCAGUGACCCUAUGCUGAGUGAGUUCAAGAACCUGGACAUCACCAAGAAGAAGCUGGUGCACGAAGGGCCCCUGACCUGGAGAGUGACCAAGGACAAGGCUGUGGAGGUGCAUGUGCUUCUGCUGGACGACCUCCUGCUCCUGCUGCAGCGCCAGGAUGAGAGGCUGCUGCUCAAAUCCCACAGCCGGACACUGACCCCGACACCCGAUGGCAAGACCAUGCUGCGGCCUGUGCUGCGCCUGACCUCUGCCAUGACCCGCGAGGUGGCCACCGACCACAGAGCUUUCUACGUCAUCUUUACCUGGGACCAGGAGGCUCAUAUCUAUGAACUGGUGGCCCAGACCGUGUCAGAAAGAAAGCACUGGUGUACCCUCAUCACUGACACUGCAGGCUCUCUGAAGGUCCCAGCCCCACCCUCGAGGCCCAAACGCCCAAGCCCCAUCAGUACUCGGGAGCCCCUAAUCAGCAUCUCUGAGAAUGGAAACAGCAGCAGAGAGAUUCCUCAGGCUGAAGCAGGCCGCUGUGAACGCAUCCUGACUGACCUGCUGCCCUUCUCCUGCCUGGACCCCGAGGGGCAGCUCGCAGCCUCUGCCCUCCAAGAAGUCCUUUCCCUUAAGCAAAUCCUGCUCCCAGGGGAGGAGGAGAAUGGGCCUGGGCCAGCCCCUGAAAGUGAGGGGGUGUCGGGGGCUGCCCAGACCCAGGAGCUACGAGAGAGGCUUCUGAACUUGGAAGACACCCUCAAGAGGCUGGAGGAAGUAGAGGAAGAAUUCUGUCGGCUCAGACUCAUCAUAUCCCAGCUCAAUGGGGCCACCCCCAGCCAGGCUGGCUGCUCCUGAGGGUCGGGCAGGCCCUCUCCAAGGGAGGACCAGGAAGGGGGAGGGGAGAUGUCAGGACGCUCCCCACAUCGGAUCAUCCACUGCCUACAUCUGCAGAGAGGAGGCCCGGCUGACACAGGCUGCUCCUCCUCCUCAGCCCCUUGCCCCACCCACCUCUUAUCCUCUGCCCCUUGGGGGACCUCAGGGCUUCAUUCCAGCUCCUCUUCACUCAUGGGACAUGUCAGUAUUUUGCUCCCACACGUGGGGGGCUGUCCUCCCCAGCCUGUCCUUCUCCAGUGCCUUAUCUGUUAUGCAUCGUUUUUAUAUUCUGAGGUUUAUUUUUA